CAAAUUCCACGCAAAAUAACUACACUGUCAGCAACUUGAAAAUCAUUUUUGUGCAACGCGGUGAAGUCUGGCAGAGAACGAUCAAAGAUGAGUUCUCUUAGUAGCUAAUGUUAACUGUUGUUAUAGUUAACUGUGUCUUUAUAAAGCCAGGCCCUGGGAGCGAAUUUUUGCGUUCAUAUCUUCGCUCUACGAAGCUGUACUUGAGCGUGCUUUUCAUACGCUCCAUUCACUUUUGAGUGACAUUUUGAAGAAGUAAAUUCAGGUAAUUGACGUAAAUUCAAGAAAAUGUCGAGAAAGACCUCGAAGGGUGGUAGUAGUAAUGUUAACUUUCUUCGUCGCCGUUCUACCGUUACAAGACGCGGAAGAAAUACAGAGAAUGAUGAACAAAAUCCUCCAGUAAAUGAUACCAAACUCCAGAAAGAAGAACAACAAAGAAUAUUGAUUGGUAAUCUUGUCAAGAGCGGUCAGUUGAGUGUUGAUGAAGCUAUGUCAUUCGCCGACUCGACAGGCCUGACUGGAAAUAGCAGUUCCAGUAUUUCCAACUUUCGCGUGUACAAACAUACCAAAGACAAAGAGCAGACAGAGCGCCAAAUCCUGCAGUUUGAUUUUAACGAACAAACCAUAUCCACGAUCCGAUUGGGAAAGUUUGACAAGCAGAUAGGUUUUGAUGAAAUUCGUGAUUAUGAAAGCAAGGAUGAUUUGAAGUUUUUUAUCGACUGCGGGGAAUAUAAAAUGGAGUGCGACGCCGCUACGGCUGAAGAGAAAAUCAAGAUCUGUGAUUUCUUAGAAGCCAUUGUUUCGGGGAACAAAGACACGCUUCUUUCAUCAGGUAAAAUAAGUCCUUUAUCGCGAUCAAGAAUUUCAACAUUGCAACAAAAAGUUAUAAAGGAAGGACAUGUUGAAUUUGCAACAUUUUUUUCGUGGAAAAAGAGAUUUAUCAGAAUAAAAGAAGGAGAAUUAUCUUGCUACAAAAUCGGCAAAGAGAAUGCGACUCCGUUAAACAUUUUCAAACUUGGCCCCGGGCAUUCUUCUGUCAAAAAACAUGAAUAUAAUGCGUUUAAAGUGUUGGCACAAAAGAAGGAAUAUGUUUUUCGUAUCAUGAAUCCAAAAAAAAUGAAAGAUGUUGAUGCCAUAACGAAAGAACGUGACGAAUGGUUUGCAGCGUUGUCAGAAGCUUUUCAGCCUUCAAGUCCUUAUGUGGAUGGCACAUCUUCCCUGGCGUCUCCUUCGCUACCCAAGCAAGAUAUUCUUAACUCUGGCUUGGAACAAGACAAAUCUCUUAAAAAUAUCGUGGAAUGUUUGCAAAAGGAAUUGGGGCAGUUGAAGUUCAUUAUGAAUGAUUUAGAUGCACCAUCUCACGCCACAGCUCAGAUGGAAAAAAUAGACGACAUUGUGAAAGACUUGAAUCAUCAGAUAAAAGCAAGUUUAUUAACUUGGACUAUGAAUUCAAUGGUAGCGAUGCACAGUACCUCAAGUUUCCCUAUGAACCCUCAUCGUCCUACAAUAUCCAAAAGGAAUGGUGAGAUUUCUUCAAACUCAAAUCUUGAACUUAAUUGCGCUCCAGUUGACGUCACUGACGGUCCAAGAAGGCAUUCGUUGCAAAGAAAGAUUAUCGAUGACGGUGCGUCUACUGAGGUGGAUGGAAAUGUUAAUGAAACUGGUCCAAUUGACGUCACUGACGGUCCUAGAAACCACAUGUUGCGAAGAAAGAUUAUCGAUGACGGUGCGUCUACUGAGGUGGAUGGAAAUGUUAAUGAAACUGGUCCAAUUGACGUCACUGACGGUCCUAGAAACCACAUGUUGCGAAGAAAGAUUAUCGAUGACGGUGCAUCUACUGAGGUGGAUGGAAAUGUUAAUGAAACUGGUCCAAUUGACGUCACUGACGGUCCUAGAAACCACAUGUUGCGAAGAAAGAUUAUCGAUGACGGUGCAUCUACUGAGGUGGAUGGAAAUGUUAAUGAAACUGGUCCAAUUGACGUCACUGACGGUCCUAGAAACCACACGUUGCCGACAAUGAUUGAGGAUGGUGAUGCAUCUACUGAGGUGGAUGACAAUGUUAACAAAACUGAUCCAAGUGAUAUUUCAAACUCAAAACAUGUUCUAGAAUCGAAAAAUGACAACGACAAUCAACAGCUAUCAGCUGAAGUCAAAAGUCAAUCCUCUGCAUCUUGUCAGGAUUCUAGUCUGGAAAAUAAGAAAUUAUCAGAAGCAUUUGAGAAUUCUGUCUCAAAAACUUCAGUUUCUUCAUCGCCUGGCCCACUGUCUUUGUCUAGUGCCUCAAUCGUACCUACUGCCACACCUGUAGAUGGAGGUAAAGUACCACUACUACCAUCACCAGCAUCAUCACCAGCACCACCAUCAGCACUACCACCACCACCUCUACCACCACCACCACCACCAUCUGUGUGUAAGCCAAAGCCGACAAUUCAGUUUCGACAACUCCCUUGGAUAAAGGUUCCCGACAAACUGUUUUCUUCUUCACUGUGGAGUAAGGCCAAAGAUAGAAUAAACGAGCUUGAUGUAGAGAUGAUCAAAUCUCGAUUUAAAGUGAAAAAAGACGAUGCAUUAUCAGAAAAUAUCUUUCAACGAAAAAAUACUCAAAAUGUAAAAAAGAGGACUUUAAUAAUGGAUGAGAAACGUGCGCAAACUUUAGAAAUCUUCUUAAAGGCUGCAAAAUUAAACGCCAAUAAUAUUGAUAUGCGGUUAAAUUGCAUUGAUGAAACAGACGGUUUACCUUUGGAAAAAGUUCAAUUUUUGAAAAGCCAUUUACCAAAACGAGAAGAUAAGAAAAAGUAUAAAGAUUACAAAGAUGGCAACAAAGAUCUCACAAAGGCUGAUCAAUUUAUGAUGAAAUUGUGUGAAAUUCCUGAUCUGAACGAGCGCCUUGAUAUCAUUUACAGUAUUAGGGAGUUUCCUCUUAAGUACAAAGAACUUUCAUCUAUCGUGUCAUUGGUUGUAAAAUGUUGUGAUGACGUUGUUGAAAGCACAAAAUUACGAGUUGUCUUGGAAUACAUUCUUGCGUUUGGGAACAUCCUUAAUAUUGAGAAAGCCCGUGGCUUUCAAACAUCCUCCCUUCCAAAGUUAUACGAAACACGUGACCUUGAUCGUAGUUACAGUCUAUUGCAUCUACUUGUUGAUAUAUUAAAUGAUAAAAACAAAGAUGCUUUGUCUUUACCUGAAGAUUUAUCAAGUGUAAAAGACGUCACCGAAGCUUCAGUAAAAGCUUUGACAGCCGAAGUCGAAGUUUUAUGUAAAAGUUUGCCAGCGAGCAAGAAGUUAGUUCGCAAUCUUCACUCGAAAUUCAACGAGGCAGAUAAAGAAUUUCAUAACGAUGUCAUUAAAAUUUUCAAUGAUUACGAAUUAUCUCUCAAGAAGUUGGAAAAAAGCUGUGACAGAAUGAAUGAAAGCUAUUCAAACAUGCUGAAAUUUCUUGGUGAACCUCCGAAAAAAUAUUCCGAAGAAGUUUUCUCAGACUUAAAUAAAUUUCUCACGCAAUUUUCGUCUGUUAUUCAAGAAAAGAAAAAAAGAAAAAGUGUUUACAAAGUCCCUUCUGGAAAAGAUGGCCUUCAACAGUUAAUGAGAGAACGAGUAAACACCUGUCCACCACUCAAGUCCACAUCUCAAAAAACGCGAACGGAGAAAAAUUGCAGUUAGUCCAACUUAGUGGAAACGUCAAGGAAGGAAUUUUACAGGAGUUAAGUGGAGGCUAACAUGUACUAUGCGAUGCGUCUUUUCCUUAAACAUUAUCUUUAUUUAUAUUCAUGUUAUAAUAUCACAUCGAUGGGGAGAGGUAAGCAACUUAAGAUGUGCCAAAAAAACAACCUUUAGAAUUUGAAAUUGUAAUGAAAAAGAAGGGAAAUCCCCACCUCUCCCUGGCUACGCUUGUAACAUUCAUACCAUACAUCUUCUGUCACUAUGUAUGAAAGUUUUGAUAUUUUUUCCAAUUUUUAGAAUAUACCUAUUCAUUUUUCAUCGUCAUUCUAUUAAAAAUAUUCUUUGGCA